AUGGCUGGCAUGGUGGGAUCCGUAACACCAUUUGAUAAUAAAUUACAAUCAUGUGAAGAGUACUGUGAAAUAUUGAACCAUUUCUUCGUGGCAAAUGAUGUGGAUGAACCAGAGAAAAAACGAGCCAUAUUAUUAAGCGGUGUGGGAGCGCAAACAUAUACAUUGAUGAGGAAUUUAUUGAGUCCUGAAAAACCAGGAGCAAAGAGUUAUGAGGAACUGGUGAGUUUGCUGAAAAAUCACUUUAAUCCGAAGCCCAGUGAAAUAGUGCAAAGGUGGAAAUUUAAUUCACGUAAUAGACACCCUGAUGAAACCAUAGUGGAAUAUGUGGCUGAACUGAGAAAGCUGGCACAAGAUUGUAAUUUUGGAGACACACUUACAGUUAUGCUGAGAGACAGAUUAGUUUGUGGUGUUAAUGAUGAUGGCAUACAACGGAGAUUGUUGGCUGAGGAUGGAUUGACGUUUGAAACGGCGCUAAGAAAAGCUCAGGCUAUUGAAGCUGCUAACAAGGAUAUGGCUGAUAUGCACAAAGAUAAAGGAAGUCGACUUAGUACCACUGUCUUUAAAUUGGAUACAGGUGAACAAAGUAAGUCGAGUGUUACAGGAUUGUGUUAUCGAUGUGGUGGUAAUAACCAUGGACCAAAAGACUGUAGAUUUUCCAAAGAAAAGUGUUACCAGUGUGGAAAAAUAGGGCAUGUGAAAAGAGUGUGUCGGAUGAAACCCCAAGAAACUGGUAGUGAUAGAAACAGGCAAGCAUGGAAAUGGGGGAGAGGACAACAAUCAAAGAGGACAAAUUACCUUCAAGAGGAGGACGAGCCUGAAGAAGUUUUCACUAUGUAUAGUAUAGAGACACCACAGCCCCAUGUACCGCCUAUCACACAGACUUUGUUGGUAAAUGAAGGCCAUGUGAAAUUUGAGAUUGAUACUGGAUGUAGUGUGACUGUAUUAUCACAGGUGGAAUAUGCCAAAAUGGAAGCUAAAAAGCAAAGGGCCGAAUUAAAAACAAGUUCUUUAAGUUUAAAAACAUAUACAGGACAGUCAGUAAAGGUUCUGGGGACCACAAAAGUUCAAGUGAAGCAUAAAGGGCUGACCAAAGAACUCACCGCAGUGGUAGUGGCUGGAGCGGGGCCCAACUUAUUAGGACGAUCGUGGCUCUCAGAACUGGAACUCAGCUGGGAAAAUGUGAGUAAAAUUAAAGACAGCUCUGAGUUGUUACAGGAUAUAUUAAGGAAACAGGAAACUGUUUUCAAGGAUGAACUGGGAACAUUAAGAGGAGCCAAGGCUAAGAUUCAUUUACCAAGUGAUGCUAAGCCUCGUUUCUUUAAAUCAAGGUCCUUGUCUUUCGCUAUGAGAGAAAAGGUUGAAGCGGAACUGGAGCGGUUGCUUAAAGAUAAUAUCAUAGAGCCUGUGAAAUUUGCAGAGUGGGCAGCACCUGUGGUGCCAGUAGUAAAACCAGACGGAACAGUGAGACUGUGUGGAGACUACAGAGUAACAAUUAAUCAAGAAUCGACCCUGGAGCAGUAUCCCAUUCCCCGAUUGGAGGAUAUGUUUGCUGUCUUGGCUGGAGGACAAAAAUAUAGUAAAUUAGACAUGAGUCAUGCAUAUCAACAGAUUACCUUAGAUGAAACUUCCAAGCAGUAUGUAACAGUGAAUACCCAUAAAGGAUUGUUUACGUAUACUCGUUUACCUUUUGGAGUUAGUUCCAGUCCAGCAAUCUUUCAGAGGACAAUGGAAGGGGUCCUGAAAGGUAUUUCAAAGGUGACUGUUUAUCUGGAUGAUAUCCUGCUGACAGGACGAGAUGAUCAGGAGCAUUUAAGCAUAUUGGAGCAAGUGUUGCAACGGCUGGAGGAGUGUGGUUUGCGAUUAAAAAGGGGAAAGUGUAAAUUCUUGGAAAAGGAAGUUAAUUUCCUGGGACAUAAAGUGGAUGCCACUGGUAUUCAUCCGGUGCCAGAAAAAGUCCAAGCAGUUCAAGAUGCCCGCACACCGACCUCAGUAUCAGAGCUGAAAGCAUAUCUGGGACUGUUGAAUUUUUAUAACCGAUUCCUGCCAAAUCUUUCAACAUUGCUUGCUCCAUUACACAGACUUUUGAAAAAGGAGGUCAACUGGUCCUGGAAAGAGGAACAAGAAAAAGCCUUUAAGAAGUCCAAAGAGUUACUUCAGUCUAACAGAGUGUUAGUACACUAUGAUGAAAAAAAAGACCUGAUACUUUCCUGUGAUGCGUCAGCUUACGGUGUGGGAGCUGUGUUGGCACAUCGUAUGCCCGACGGAACUGAGAGGCCCAUUGGGUUUGUAUCACGCACACUUUCAAUGGCAGAAAAAAAUUACUCCCAGCUAGAAAAAGAAGGGUUAGCUGUAGUGUUCGGUGUAAAGAAAUUUCAUAAAUAUCUUUAUGGACGUAAAUUUGUGAUCUGUACUGACCAUAAGCCAUUACUCAGUCUAUUGAAUGAAUUGAAAGCAGUGCCCCAGAUGGCCUCUCCAAGAAUCAUACGAUGGGCAGUGAUGUUGGGGGCAUAUGAAUAUGUAAUUUCUUACAGAGCAGGUAAGGACAAUGGAAAUGCUGAUGCUCUUAGUCGUUUCCCUGUUCCAGUGAUUUCGGAGAAAGAAAUAAAAGAGGAGCAUGUCUUGAUGGUGGACAGCCUUGUUAGUCCUUUGACUACAUCAGAGCAAAUCUAACACUGGACUACUAGAGAUUCUGUUCUCUCUAGAGUGCGUGAGUAUGUUCUUAAAGGCUGGCCUGAUCACAGUAAUUCAAAUGAAUUUGCACCUUAUAAACAGAGACAGCAGGAACUCAGUGUUCAAGACGGGUGUGUGCUUUGGGGAGCUCGUAUCGUCAUUCCAGAGCAAGGACGUUCGGGAUUGCUGGAACAGUUACAUCAGUCUCACCCAGGUAUGUCAAGGAUGAAAGGACUGGCCAGGAGUUAUCUGUGGUGGCCAAAUUUAGAUGCUGACAUUGAGGGCAGAGUAAAAGACUGUACUGUGUGUCAAGAACAAAGAAAAGCCCCUGUAGGUGCACCACUUCAUCCGUGGGAAUGGCCAAGACAGCCUUGGAGAAGAGUGCAUAUGGACUAUGCUGGUCCAGUUUUGGGGAAAAUGUUUUUCAUCUUAAUUGAUGCCCAUUCUAAGUGGAUUGAGGCAUAUCCUGUACCUUCAGCAACAACAGCUACGACUCUUGAGUGCCUCAGGAAUAGUUUCAGUACACAUGGCAUUCCUGAAAUGAUGGUGUCUGAUAAUGCACAGUGUUUUGUGAGUGAAGCGAGUAAAGCAUUUAUGUCUAGGAAUGGAAUAAUGCAUGUAACCUCUGCACCAUAUCAUCCCUCAUCAAAUGGUCUAGCCGAGCUGGCAGUACAAACGUUCAAAGAACUUAUGAAGAAAAGUUCAGGAAAUACUAUUGAGACAAAGGUGUCCAGAGCAUUGUUUAGUUAUCGUAUUACUCCUCAGACUACAACAGGGCUUUCACCUGCAGAAAUGAUGAUGGGGAGGAAAUUGCGAUGCACCUUGGAUAAAAUCCAUCCUGACUUCACUAGCAAAAUGGAAGGUAAACAACAAGUUCAAAAGGAGUACCAUGACCAACGUGUGAGGUCCCGAUAUUUUGAAGUAGGAGAUAUGGUGUACACUCGGAAUUUUGGGUAUGGACCAAAAUGGGUGCCAGGAGUUAUUCAGGACAUUACAGGACCAGUAUCCUAUAAAGUAGCAUUAGGAAAUGCCCAAGUAGUACGACGUCAUGUUGAUCAAUUAUUCAGUCAACAAAAAAAGGAAAUGAUGACCAAAAAUUUCCAAGCUGCUCAGGGUGUUGAACCUUAUGAUACUGGGGUAGUGUCAGUGGAUACUGAUAUGAGAGUACCGGAAGCUCUCAGUAUUUCAACAACACUUGACGGGAGUCCCACAGUAGAUAGUAGAGAGACUGAGAGUUUACAAAUUGAACAUCAAAGAAAUCAAUGUCCAGAUUCUUCCAGGCUGCUUGAAACGAGUCCAAUUACUGAGAGAACUGAGUCUGAGAGUGAACUUUCUGGAUGUCUACGACGUUCAGUUAGAGAGAGGAAACCACCAGCAUACCUUAAAGACUUUGUGACAUAA